ACAAAUCCAAUGUCCUGAACGUUCCGACCAUGCAGAAAAAAUUUUAUGGAUUCAGCAUCCAGUCCGUGCUUUUGGGAACCGAAUCCACUAGAAGAAUUUUAAAUGAAAAAAUUCCGGCCAAAAGGAUGCUAAUCCGGGAAGAUAGGAUUGCAGUGACUAAUGCGUUGGUUGAUGCUUUGAUAGCAAAUUUAGGAGUUAGUCCAAGCAAAGAAGCUUUACAUCAAUUAGCAUUGGAUUUAGUGACUAGUUAUCCAGAACUAGGAGAUUCUAGGAAGAAGAAUUUUGGAUCUACAAUGUGGUUCCAAAAUAUCACUCAUGGUUCAGGAUCACCAGGUUAUUUAAUGGAACGCAUUAAAAACCAGCGCAAGAAAUUGGAGUCACGUAAAAACACCGACUAUCAUGACGAGACAGAUAUUUUGUCCUCGUGCUGGGAUUCUGAACUUGAUGAUGAUAACCCUGAGCCGGAUGAAAAAGUUUUAGAAUUUUUACGACAGAAUAAGGGUCAGGAUGUUCUUCCUACUAUGAAAUCUUCCACAUUUAUGAGGCGAACUGUAAUUCGCGAAGAAAUGCAACAGAACUUGGUAGGGUUUCGAAGGAUCCCGUCAAUUUUACCACGCUUGUUUGAUAUUAAGGGAAUGAUUGUUGAAGACUUCAAUUCGAGACAUCCAAGGCUUAGUCUUGUGAUGUAUGAGCGGUGGCCGAAAGCCUCGAAAUUGCUCCUCACCUAUGCAGAGGAAAGUGGCGUUGAUUAUCAAAAAAAAUUGGAUAUUCGAAAGCCAAGGUGUGACUUAACUGGGGAUGACAUAGCAUUGAUUGCGUUCAGCCUCCUGCCACAUAUUCUCCCAUCCUGUGCUCGUAAAAUAAACCCUGCGCCCACUGGGGACAAUAAUAUUAGUCAGUCGGACAGCGGUCCUAAGCCAAAGCGAGUUAAGAGAUCAAUAAAAGCAACAGAUUUGGAUGCUCGGAAUAGCUUGAUAAUAUUUAGAUCUCCUUAGAUACAUGGAUUAAAAGCUUUAGUGUUUUCUACCUGCCCCCUCCGGUUGAAGCAAAAAAUGUAUGGUUAUUUUUGUUACACGGUAUAGCUGGAAAACCCUGCGAUAACUCAACAUUAACCCCGGUUGUGCAAGCUCUAAUCGGCCAAAUAAUGCCCAGGUUGUAAUUUUAACUAGUAAAUUAUAUUUUAUUAGUGAAAUUUUUAAUUGUUGCAAUAUUUUAAGCAAUACUGUU